CCGUGCUGUGCUCCGCUUCAACCAUGAGACACGAGCAGGUGUUCAUCUGGGUCGCGACCUGCUUGGCCGUGGCAGCGGUGCUGCCCGCGGCGGCGAAGCUGACCGAGGAGCGGACCGGCAAGCGGGUGGCCAAGCAGAUACACCUCAAGCCCGCCCUGGUCGACUCCGCCAGCGACCACAAGGCGGCGGAGACCGGCUUCGGCGGAGCGGAGCUCGGAGGCCACGGCAAAUAUUUCCAGUACCAGCAUAACCCCGAACACGACCACUAUGAGUUCGGCUACCGCAGGGGUAACGACCAUCACUUCCAGGAGCGGUACGAGAAGGCCGCGCCCCACCAAGGACACUUCAAGACCAAAGCUCGCUGGGGGGACAAGCACGGAGGGUACGGCGAGCACUACUGGGACUACAACCAUGCUGGCCAUGGUGAUGACCACGGUGAAGAUGGCGAUGGUGGCUACAGCGAGCACGUGCCCAGCUACCAGCCGCAGCAGCACAAGGUGACGGCGAAGCGCGACUCGCAGCAGCUGCAGGCGGGAGAGCAGCGCCUCAAGCGGCAGCCGCCGCAAGCGCCGCGACUGGUGUUCGACGUGGCGAGCGGGCAGGUGGUGGACGAGACCACGGGCCAGGCCUACACGCUGCAGCCCGUGCAGUAGCCGCCCAGUGAUGGCUUACCUAGCUUUUUGUACUUUUAUAACCAAUGUCUUUAUAAUACGCAUUCAUUUUGUUACAAAUAAACUUUUUGAAACAUA